UAGUGUAGUUUGUCGCUGUUGCCUGAAGCGGUCACUGCCUCUCUGUUUUCCUUCUAGAUGUUAGCAACACAAAAUUUCAGAGCACUCUUUGUAUUUCUCAGCACUUUGCUUAACCUGCAGCUCUGCCCGAGGAUCUCACAGAGUGGAGAAGCCUCUGGACUUAGAGAAAAGCGAGCCAAGAGGAGGCAGGGGAGAGGAUUUUGCUGGAAACCUCUUUGGGAAGCUUGAGACCUCGGGAUGCCUGCCAUGGGCUUAUUCUCCUCCAGCAGCUAUUCAGCCUUUCCCGGGCAAAGGCAGCUCCCUGCCACAAAGCAUCUGCAUUAAGCAGGUCUGUGGAGAGGCUGAGGCGUGCUCUUGAGGGACACAGCAGAUAGCAGCAGUGCUGCAACCAGCAGCCGGUGAGUGCUGCUGUCUCUGCCCAUGUCUCCGAGGUCCCCACAAGGCUGGGGGAGGCAGCAACCUGCACUCGCUAUGCCCCUCUGGAGUUGGCUGUCAGAGAAACCUUGGAGGUCCCCUGCUCAGCCCCGGUAGUGUCAUGAGUUAGAUUAGUUGGAGCUGUGCUGGGGGCGGUGAGGGCUUGGAUUACAGUCCAGAACUCGAAGUGCUCCGGUGGUUCACGUCCUCGGCGGGGAGAGGAGACGCUGCGUUGCACACAUGGAGGAAAAGGAGAAGAAAUGCUGCCUUUGGAAGUGAGGGGGAAUAAAGGAGGCUGGGAACAUGGACUCGGAGUCGCUGGACGGCUGCAUUCAGAGUACGUUAUCGGCACUGUACCCUCCGUUUGAGGCUACCGCAGCCACUGUUCUGUGCCAAGUUUUUGAUGUGGUGGAGAAGACGUACUGUGGGGAUGGACUACGCUACCUCAUAGACUUCCUGAUUCCAGCCAAGCACAUCCUGCAGUGCAUUCAGCAGGAUGCCUGUGUUCAGUACUGUGGCUUGCUGUUUCGCCACGAGGGCUGGCCCCUCUGUAUCCAUGAGAAGAUUGUAGUCCAGCUGGCUUCCAUUGACUGGCAAAUCUUGAAGCCUGGUGACUUCUACCUGCAGGUGGUUCCCUAUCUGAAGAAGUCUCCACGUAUUGUAUUGAAAUGUUUGGCAAAGGACAAGCAUAAUGUAGAGGAAGUCGUGAUUCCAGAAGUUUCCUAUACCUCUAUUUUUACUCUGGAAUGGUUAAGUACUUUCAAUGGAGAGCGGAUGGGUAUAGCACUGGAAAAUUGUUUACUAACCACUGAUGAUAAAAUAUUUCGUGUCCCCUGGGAUAAAGUGGUUAAUCCUGAAUUUAUAAAUAAACCAAAAAUAAUUGAAAACAGUAUCAUCUCUCCAGAAAUUACAGAGGAAUGUUCAGUUUUGUGCCUCCCCAUGGACCAUGCUGAGUGCAGUUCACCAGGCCUAGGAUCUCAGUAUCUGCAGGAAGAAAGUCCAAUUCAAGACAACCUGGUCAUCAGCAGCACGGCUCCCCAGUUAAGUGAAGCUCUUGUCAAUGGUGUCUGUACAAGUCCUGUGUCUCAAGAGAACUUGAAAAGUGACCUUGAAGGGGAGUACGUUGAGCUGACGGAAGUUUCACUGCCCAGGUUUGGGCCACAAGCAGGCUCUUUAGCGCAGUCACUAGCUUUAAAUUCUCUAACUCUACCCAGAACAAGAGUGAAUGCAUCUAAGGGCAAGGGCAGGUUCAUCGUCAUUCAAGACAGUACCUACUGCAAGAACGUAAUUCAGUCAGCACUUAUGCAGAAGGAGCACUGUCAAACAGACACCCUGAGAAUCUCUUCUGCAGAAGCUCUCAAAAAUGUAAUUCCCUUGGAAAGCAGCAAACUGGUGGCAAGUGGAGAGCUGUCUCCAGAAUGUCAGCUGAUACCAGGUGGCCCUAGAAACAUGGGGAAUAGCUUUCCUGGGGCUGAAUCUCCUGUCUGCAGUGCAGAAGAUUUAUCUGCAGAGCAGGAAAUCUGCAGUGAACACUCAGUCGAUUUGAGAUACUCACUCUGCAGCUACAGUGAUGUGUAUGCUGGAGACAGUGUCAGCUGCAAAGCGCAAAUGCCUGAUGCUCCUGGAAACAUGGGAAGAGAAAGUGAUGGUCCUAGUGGAAAUGCUGGUGUUGAAAUAUCAGAGCAGAGCCCAGAAACAAUUGUAGAUGCUACUGCUGCUGUGGAGAUGAUGGUAGGCGCACAUGGAGAACCACUGACUGAGGGGCAGGAUGAGGUGGCACAGAUCUGUGCCUCUCCUCUCUCUGUCUCAGGGUCUUUGGGACCACACUGCACACUGAAGAAAGGUUCUGAUAUUUUUUGCCAGAGUGGAAGUGAAAGUGUUGCAGCAGCCCAGGCCACUACAUUGCUUGUCACACCUGAGGGUUCAGAUGUGGGUGUGGAGGGAGGCUGUCCUUCAGGGAGCACAGCAGAUGCAGAAGUUGUUGGUGCUUGCUUCAGUGAUCAGGAAGCAAACUUUAGUUCUCCAUUAAACCCUCCAGAACAGAACCAAAGAGAAGUAGAUGAAUUUGAGCUGGAAAGACAGGACAGUCCAAAGGAAGUCAAAGAGGCUGAACAAAUAUUGACUGCAAAUGGGAGUCAGACUAGUCAAAGUCACUGUUCUGAUGAAGCUCCUACAGGUGGGCUGUUCUCACGUGGUGAAGAGCAAAAGGUCUCUACUUGUUGGCAUAAGGAAGCUGAAGAAGUCACACUACUCCAAGCUGCUCUGUCAGCAGAGAGUGAUCAAAUGGCAGCACAAUUAAAUGGCAGUGACGCUUUGAUGGGCCCUGAUGCAGAAGCAGAAGGCUCAGGUCAGUCCAGAACUCAGAGGUCUGGAGAGGGGUGUGAGGAACCACAAACACAAGUAGAAAGCCAUAGCUGUAAAAGUGAAGAGAACUUUGUGCUGAACCCAGAGCAUGUCACAGUACAGGACUUGCAGGAAGGAGACGAGAACCAAGAAAGUUUUUCCUGUGGGGAAAAGUCAACUCUACCCUUAAAAACACUGGAAUCCAUUGAAAAGGAACAGGAGGUUGGACCACUUCCAGCAGGACCCAAGGGGCAUAUGAAGUGCACCAUACUGCACUCCCACCAAGAGGCAGCUUCUGGGGCAUCACGUCCUGAAGGGAUGGUGUCUGAAGGGGCAGAGACUAGAAAAGAAGCAACUGGUGCAGAUGUGUUGAAACCAGUGAGUCAAGUCAGUCCCCUGGAGGAAAACUCAAAAGCCAUUACUCCCCCGACAUCCCCAGCUCCUGGGGCUGCCUGGGGUAGUCGGUCUGCACCUACCAUAGCCAAGGAUGUGAACCCAGAAGUGCUCAGGAGUGGAGUUGCCUACCUGCCUGGUACCAGAGAUAAAUCAGGACGUGCAGUGACCAUAAUAACAACAAGGAACACAGUCUGGUUAAACCCCCACUGCAAUACCACUGAGCUUGUGCGCCUUCUUCUGUAUUUGCAUAGCAUCCCAAGACCAGAAUGUCAGGCAUUGGGUCUGACUGUUCUUGUGGAUGCUCGUCGCUGUUCACCAGUUCCCGCUCUCUUCAAGGCAUUCAGCACACUGCAGGAAAUAGAUCCUAAUUGUAUUCAUGGAGUAUUGCUUCUGGUUGAGAGAGACCUGACUUUUCGGAUGGAGAAACCACCAGCAGGACAGUUUGAACUUCUCACCUCCAUGAAAUCCCUUCAUAAGCACAUAGACAGCUCACAGCUGCCUCUAGAGCUGGAUGGGACCUUUCCUUAUUGCCACCGGGACUGGUUAAUCUUCCGCAUGAAGCUGGAACACUUGCUACAUGGAUGCCAAGGUGCUUGUGCCUUCCUCCAGGGAGCUAUUCAUAAAGUGGAAACUGGAAAAUUGCCCGGAAGAGCUGAGGAGGCAGCUGUGCUGCUGAGGAAUUACAGGCAGCUGAUGAAGAAUGUUCUUGAAGAUGCACGGCUGGUCAAGCUGCAGCUGGAGGGGGGAGCACUCCUGGCCAGACUGCGGAAGGAGGAAUCUUGUGUCACCCUCACCCACGACUACAGAGAUGCUCUUGAUGCUGCCAGCAUGCUUUAUAACCAAGUUGAUGAGGGUGUUCACCGUCUGGUGAUGCUGUCAAACAAACGCAUCCAGGAACUGGAGUUGGUGAUGGAGUUCGAGAAAGUGGAAGAGUGUUUUAAGGAGGUCAGCAGUUGGAUCGAGAAUGUUGGCAGAAAACGAUUAAAGGAAACAAUCAACCUGGAUGAUUCUUUGGAGAUGCUGCUUCAAGCACAGAAGCAGUUCAAGGAGUUUGAUCUUGUUGCCAGUGAAUAUUGCAGAAGGGGGCAGGAAGCACUAAAGAAGAUGGAUUACUGGGAAGACUUUUUCUCUGUGGAUGUGCAUUCCUAUAGGGUGAAGCUGCAGACCUACAGAGAUCAACUGGAGGAGUUCUGCACUCAGCUGGAUGAAAAGAGGCACCAAAUCUGUGAGAUAGUCAGGCUCUAUGAGUUCUUUGACAAGGCAUACGAAUGGGCCUUGGAAGGUAUGCGGCACCUUGCCUGCAUCAGCAUGGAGGACUGCAGCUCCACUGAGCACUGCACAGAUGUGAUCCAGUGCCUGGAGAGUUACAAGGGACAGCACCCAGACAUCAGUGAUGCCCGGUUCCAGGAGAUGAAGGAGCUGGCCUGUGAGCUGAAAAGUGACAAGGGGCUCAAACAGUGGAAGUUCGCAUGGUCUAAAUGCCAGGAGACCAAGCUGGUUUUCGAAAAGAAACUCGAAGCAGCCUUAAGAACAAGGAGGUCUCUGUGGUCAGACCAGAAACCAGCUUUGGGGGAGCAGCCCCAGGCUGGCAGCCUGUCCCAUCGGCGGCACUCUGAGGGGGCCACCUCCAGGUCCCACUGGGACAGGACUUGCAGCACACCCCACUGCUACAACAGGCCCAACUGCACUCUGGGGUGGGCUAAGGAGAAAGUGCCCUUACCCUUCUUGAGCUGCCCUGGUGAUGUCAGUGCUGGGGAAGAGCUUGCCUGCCAAGCCACUCUCAGCCCUGGUCCUCAGAGCAGAGUUUCUUUUGCCAGCGGGGUCUCCAAGUCUCCAAAGCUGCCUGAAGAAAAGCCAAACCUGGAGAGUAUUUUAGAAACUCCAGAGGUAAAGCCAUCCAGCACAUCUACUGCUGCUUCUGGGAAGCUGCCUCCCAGGAGGAUGCUCCGGAAGGCCCAAAGCUUUGACCUCCCUUGUGGUGAGAGUCUAUGGUCAGGCUGCCAGAGGACGCUGAGCGAGCCAGCCAGGUACGGCAACACUGGCGUCUUUAUCAAGGGGCUGGAGGUGAGCAGCACCGAGCUGGUGGACAGGACAUUCGCUCUGCGACAGCAAGGUGCUCACAACUGGCCUGCAGACUGCCUGGUGCAGGAGGGACCGAGGGGCUGCCUCUCUGUGUCAGAAGCCAAGAGCUGGGGCAGCAAGCUGCGUCACAUCAUCGAUGAGAUGGUAACCACAGAGCGGGAAUAUGUGAGGUCGCUUUGCUACAUCAUUGACAGCUACUUCCCUGAGAUGGAGCGCCUGGACCUCCCCCAGGACCUACGUGGGAAGCGCAGUGUGAUUUUUGGGAACCUGGAGAAACUCUAUGACUUCCACAGCCAGUACUUCCUGCGGGAGCUGGAGAGCUGCUGCAACCACCCACUUAGGGUCAGCCACUGCUUCCUCCGACACAAAGACCAGUUUGGGAUGUAUGCUUUGUAUAGCAAGAACAAGCCGAAGUCGGACUCACUGCUCGCCAGCCAUGGGAAUACCUUCUUUAAGUUCAAGCAGGUGCAGCUUGGGGAUAAGAUGGACCUGGCCUCCUACCUCCUGAAACCCAUCCAGCGAAUGAGCAAAUAUGCCCUUCUCCUGAAGGACCUGAUCAAGGAGUGCAGCGAGGCACAAGAGCAGGAGCUGGGAUACCUCCGUGCUGCUGAGGAGAUGGUGAAGUUUCAGCUCCGGCAUGGGAAUGACCUCCUGGCCAUGGAUGCCAUCCGUGACUGUGAUGUGAACCUGAAGGAGCAGGGGCAGCUGGUGCGGCAGGAUGAGUUCACCAUCUGGCUGGGCCGUAGGAAGUGCCAGCGGCAUGUCUUCCUCUUCGAGGACCUGAUCCUGUUCAGCAAGCCGAAGAGGAUCGAGGGUGGCUUUGACGUGUACAUUUACAAGCGCUCCUUCAAGACAGCAGACAUUGGUCUGACAGAGAACUCUGGAGACAGUGGCCUGCGCUUUGAGAUCUGGUUCCGAAGGCGGAAGUCAAGCGACACCUACAUCCUCCAGGCCAGCUCAGCCGAGACUAAGCAGGCCUGGACCAGUGACAUUGCCAAGAUCCUGUGGCAGCAGGCAGCCCGCAAUAAAGAAAUCCGAAUGCAGGAGAUGGUCUCCAUGGGUGUGGGCAACAAGCCAUUCCUGGAUAUCAAACCCAGUGAGGCAGCUAUCAAUGACCGUGCUAUUGACUACAUCAUGAAAGGCAGAGGUGCCAGGACCAGAGCAUCCAUCGCGGUGUCUCUGUUUGACCAUUCCAACCCCUACAAAAGGACACAGGCACAGCUCUCCACUGGCAGCACCCCUGCUGCAUACAGCCCUUCCUCCUCCUCCCUGCUGGGGCCCCUCAACCUACACAUGUACCUGGACCAGGCUCUACUGCCUGGCGUCCUGGCUCCCAGCCGCCCCUUUGACGUCAGCACCUGCAUUGAGGAAGAUGAGCUGGAGCAUGAGACGAGCAGCCAGCCCUCACUGACGACAGAGAGCUCUGAGUCCUCACAUUGCAUGUCGGGCAGUGGCUCCAGUGGCUCCGACAGCGGCUGUGUCUCCAGCAUCCCACAAGAAAGCUUCUGUGAAGACGUGGGCUCACCACCAUACAUGCCCCAUAGCUCACAGCACAGCUCUGCGGUGGUGGAGAAACCCCAGUUCCCCAACAGCCAGUACAUUUCUGCAGUAAGUGCGAGCAGCCAAAAUCCUCUCUUCACUCUGCCUGUUCCUGCAACUGCCACCUCAGCUCAAGCCACCACCUCUCCUGGGGGGACAUGAAGAUGCUACUUUUGGUCUAGGGGUCACUGGGGGGAAGUGACGGUGACCACAGAGACUCAACCUCCUCCAGGGCGGAUGAGAGCCCCUCUCUUGUGGAGCCUCCCCUUUGGUGGCCAGGGUCUUCAGGGAGGUGCUCUGGAAAGGACCUUCAGUGCUGGAGGCUGCAUGGGGAGGGGAUGCUGCACACACAGGAGCUAUGAUGUCAUGGGCUUGGGUACAUGCACGACCUCCUGGGAUGAAUGGGGCUCUGCUGCAGAUGCUGCUGAGCUCCUUUCCUGGGAGGUUUGAGCCUUUUCUGGGGAGCAGUGAGAUGGAGGAGCAGAAGCCUUUUGCUCUGAGCUGUCAGGGCAUCUCCUGUUACGUUCCUGAGAGUUCUCAGCCGCUUCCCUUCCCACUAGAUCAUGUGCUGAUGCUGUUGUCCUCUAACCCUGUACUAAUGCUGGCUUCUCUCUUCUGCAGAAAGCAGGCCAGGUCACCAUAAGUCCCUCGACAAUAGUGUGAGCCCCUCUGCACACAUAUACCACCUAAGGAAGCAGAGUUGUAAGUAGCCCCUGAAGGGGAUUUUCCAGCAGGUCUACAUGCUGGUCAGGUUUGUCAGGGGAACCUUACCCUCAGCUUCUCAAUUAAAACUUUUCCACACGCAUUCCUGACUGGUCUCCGAGUUCUGAUUCAUUUGGUCAGACCAGCUUCCAUAGAACUGUCACCUCAAACAGCCCAUCUGAUGCCUCCCUGGCUUGAAGCAGAAGCAAACAAGCAAAAUCCCUUCCAGGCAGUAGUGGAUUAAGUACCACCUUAGUCACCAGUGUUCAGAUGAGCUGCUUUCCUCUGAAUGCUGCCCAGCUGUCUAACCACUAAUCUGUUUCUUGUGGCUGUUUGCUGAAAUCCUGCUCUUAGUUAUUCCCUCUGACAUGCCCUGGAGAACCCACAGUAUUCUCCCCAAGCUGGAUUUAUUGACAGUUUCCUUUGAACUUCCAAAGGAAACUGCACAUCACCAGGUGGAGGAACCUGGGCUAGGAUGCCCGAGGGAGCACCUGAUUUCUGGAGGAUGCCUUCACUGCCAGGAAAUGGCUGUUGCUCUGAGGGAGGAGAGCACUGGUGUGGGUGCCAGCCUUUGGAAAGUCAUGUCAUGGCCCACUCACAUCAGCCAGCUUCUUGCUUAGCUCCUUCCUCUCUGGCCUUAGGGUUGAGCCUCCCUGCCCACAGAGAGCAGAGGAAUGCACGUAAGGGAGGCAGGAUCAGGGCUGGAGUAGCCAAGGCACUAGGUGGCUGGUAGGUUUGGUACUGUGGGCUGUGCUGACCACACAGGCCCACAGCUCAUAUCCACAGGUACAGGAGUUCAAACCAGCUAAACAGAACCAGCCAAGGUUAAAAUGUUAUACCCUGAGCUGCUGGGGGAGUCACAGUUGAGGCUUUAGAAGUGGCUGCUGCUAGGACUGAGCCUUGGAGUGAGCUCUGAGGUGCAGAUCGACUCACAGGGGAAGAGUCAUGCUUCUCCUGCAAGGCUUUUCCAGUAAAAACACUCCUUCCCCACUCAAACACAGCUCUGACAAACAGUGGUUCUCAAGCAUUUUCCAAGAUCACCAGGGCAGAGGAACCGUGGGUCCUGCCCCAUGGUGGGAGUGCAGCUGGUCUAACCCAUUGCACGCUGCUGUGUUCCAGGUUUGAUUGCCAUUUCAAACUCCCUGAAGACCUCUGACCAUCAGAAGGAGACAGUCUUCACCCGUGAAGAUACGUUUUUUCUUACACAUAAUCACAAACAGCCCCAAACGUGACCUAUGGCUGGGGGGAAGUCCCAGGAAGGUUUCUUUCAACUACAUAUAAUAGCUUUGGUUUUGGAUGGGGCCUUGGGGAUUCAAAACAUGUUUGCCUGAUAUUUAUGAGUAAUAGUAACAUAGCUGUUUGGAGAUAAAAAAAAGUAUUAUUUUUAAAGCUAUGAGCUGUACAGAUUUUGUUACAAGUGAUUCUUUUACUAUUUGUUCUGUAAGCUGCACAUUUUAUAAAGUUUUUGGAAGAGCAUGAAGAGAAACUGAGGUAUUUAAGUAAAAGUAGUGUAACUUUCUGUUUUGGGGUUAUAUUGGCCUGGAGCUCGAGAUUUAACGUCUUUCCUUAUGUUCUAAAUAUGCCUAUCAUAGCAGUAAUUUAUUUUCUUGGCUUAACACUUCUGUUUUAAUAAAAGCAAUUUCAUUGUUAUGGUGAA